AUGGCUCGUACUAAGCAAACCGCUCGCAAAUCAACCGGUGGCAAAGCUCCUCGCAAACAACUCGCCACCAAGGCACGUCCUCUCCCCCCUUUCUCUGCUGCAAGAAAGUCUGCUCCCACCACUGGUGGUGUCAAGAAGCCUCAUCGUUACCGUCCUGGAACUGUAGCUCUCCGUGAGAUCCGUAAGUACCAGAAAAGCACUGAACUCUUGAUCAGGAAACUACCUUUUCAGCGUCUUGUCCGUGAAAUUGCACAAGACUUCAAGACGGAUUUGAGAUUUCAAAGCCACGCUGUUCUUGCACUUCAGGAGGCUGCAGAGGCCUAUCUUGUUGGUUUGUUUGAGGAUACUAAUCUCUGUGCUAUCCAUGCCAAGAGGGUCACGAUCAUGCCUAAGGAUAUCCAACUUGCCAGGAGAAUUCGUGGCGAAAGGGCCUAA